AUGCUUUCUCGCCCUCGCUCGCGUCAGCGCUGCUGGCGGAGCUGCUCGCCGCGGGGCGCGUCACGCCGCCGCUGCUCGAGUAGGCCGCUCUUCGCCCCUUCAGCAGACCAUGUGGACCUCUCUUGCCCGCCGCUCGCCGCCCCUGCCGUCUCCCACGCGCCAGCAGCGCUGCAGACCCCCCACGCGCUCCCGCACCCUUCCCCCCACGCGCUCCGGAACCCUUCACCCCACGCCACGCCCACGUAUCCCAUCCCUCCCCCGUUCUCGCCCUCCCUCUCCUCAUUCUCCUCGAUCCCGCCUUCCUCCCAUCACGGCAUUUUAAACCCGUCAGAAGCCCUUUCCCCCUCGCCUCCUCUCUAUGCCAUGCCGCCCGGCCAAUCCAUAGACGCCACGUGGCUUGCCUACCUGGCAGACUUCCGCUGCCUUCGCUCGCUCCGGCUUGACAACUGUCGCCAAGUCACCGACUCUGCUCUCAGCAUGCUCUCAGGUAUCCUUCAGGUGCUCCCUCAGGUGCUCUCAUGUGUUCUUCCAGGUCUGCACGCCUUGGAGCAUCUGAGCCUCACCAACUGCCCUCUCCUCACCGCCACUUCACUCGCCGCCAUCCUGCCGCCCUGCCAGCCCGCGCUGCGCUCCUGCUGUCUCUCCGGCACGGCUGUCGGCAUGGGCGAGGGAGGGGGGGGAAGAGGCAGAGAGGAAUGGGUUGUGGCAGUGAAGAGCAGGCGGAGAAGCAAGGGCAGCAGGAGCAGUGGCAGCGGUGGGGGCGGUGGCAGCAUGGCAUCACCUGUUAGCACAUUACCUGAUUCCAGUGCAGCAGAGAGCUCAGCCUGCAUACCUGCGCCUUCUGUGGUUUCUCUGCUCGCCGGCGCCCCUCACCUCACUCACCUGGAGCUGGGCGGCAUGCACCAUGCAUUGGAUGAUAAUGCCUUCCAAAAGCUUGCGUCGUUGGUGCAUCUGCGGCAUCUGUCAGUGUGGGGCAGCAGCAUCACCAACGCAUCGGCCCCUCUGCUGCUCGCCUUCCCCCGCCUGCUCUCCGCCAACCUCGCCUGGACCGCCCUCUCCCACCUCCCCGCCCACCCCUCCCUCACCGCUCUCCACCUCUCCCACUGCCCCCUCCUUUCCAUUGGCUUCCCUCUCCCCUCCUCCUCCUCUUCCUCUCACUCCUCUCCCUCUCCCCCCCUCAUUCAUCUCGUUCUCUCUGGUGCCUCCAUCGCCCCUCCCUCCUCCCUCUUCCCUCCUCACCUCCUCGCCUCCCUCACUCACCUCGACCUCUCCCACUCACGUGGCGCCACACUCCCUCCUCCCCACCACCCUCCGCACUUCACUCCUCCCCUACGCCCUCACACCCCGCUCUGCGGCCUGCAGUGGCUACAAGCAGCACUCUCCCUCGCACAUCUGGACCUCUCCGCUGCUGCUGUAUCUGACGCCCUUCUGCUGCACCUUGCGCACUCCCUCCCCCACACGCGCAUCUGUGUGUUUGCUUUCAGCGUCCUUGUCACUCGUGACGCACAAGGCAUUGCCGCCGGUGCCAACAGCACCACCAGCAGCACCACCACCACCCCUUCUGCGUGCCACGCCUUCCCCUGGCAGCACCUGUCACUCGCCUCCUCCCCUGACCUCUCCUCCAGGGGGCUGGCUGCUCCGCUGCCGCUCACCCCACGCCUCACCUCGCUCUCCCUCGCCCACACUGUGGCGUCGAACGCAUGUUUGCCCCUCCUCGCCUCCCUGCCGCUCCUCUCCUCCCUCUGCCUCGAUGGCUGUUUCAUCUCAGGUGGGACAUCGGAUGAUAACGUGGAGGAUGGCGAGGAGGAGGAGGACGAGGAGGAGUCUCUCCUCAGGCUCCACCUCGCACACCUGCACGCAGCAGCACCACCACCACCAGCCUCUGCAGCAGCAGCAGCAGCAGCGGCGGCGGCAGCAGCAGCAGCAGUUGGUGGUGCUGGUGCCGGUGGCAGUGGCAAUGCAUAUGCUGCGUUUUCCAAUGGCAUGGAACGGCAGUCAGCCAUGGCAGAGGGCGGGCUGGCCGUGCUCGCCUCGCUGCCACACCUCACCUCCCUCAGCCUGCAUGACACACCUCUAUCCACACACGGCAUGCUGCGACUGCGCCAUCUCACUCACCUGCACCACCUCUCCCUCUCCUCCACUGCCCUCAGCCCCCGCCGCUUCCUCUCCCUCCUAGGUAACCCCCCCACCCCCUUCACCAUCCCAAAUUGA